CGGCGGCCGGCGCCGGAAGCGGCCGAGCGACGAGGGGACGUCGCGCCGCCGGGUCUCGAGCAGCUGCCGCGGAACCGCGGGACGGACCCGAACUUGCCCGCCCGCCAUGGCCGAGAGCGACUGGGACACGGUGACGGUGCUGCGCAAGAAGGGCCCCACGGCCGCCCAGGCGAAGUCCAAGCAGGCCAUCUUAGCAGCUCAGAGACGAGGAGAAGAUGUGGAGACUUCGAAGAAAUGGGCUGCUGGCCAGAACAAACAGCAUUCAAUCACCAAGAACACGGCCAAGCUGGACCGGGAGACUGAGGAGCUGCAUCAUGACCGUGUGACUCUGGAAGUGGGCAAGGUGAUCCAGCAGGGUCGGCAGAGCAAGGGGCUGACCCAGAAGGACUUGGCAACGAAAAUCAACGAAAAGCCGCAGGUCAUCGCGGACUAUGAGAGCGGACGGGCCAUUCCUAAUAACCAGGUUCUGGGCAAAAUCGAGAGAGCCAUCGGCCUCAAGCUGCGGGGGAAGGAUAUCGGGAAGCCGAUUGAGAAGGGGCCAAGGGCGAAAUGAACACAAAGCCUCGAAAUCAGUGCAUUCCGGCUGAUGUCGCCUGGCUGGUUGCCCUUGACCACCAGCGUCAGUGUGGGUCUCUUGACGUGGCCGCGCGGAACGCGGGGCGCCAGCCCUGCCCAGGAACCCCCUUACCCAUACCUGCUGUCAAACAAACAAAACCUUGUAUAGCAUUGCUUCUCCUGAAAUUUUUUCCUCCCCAUCUCCAGUGUCUGCCCAGUCGGGGUGGCUCCCCGGGGACCUCUGAGUGGGACUACCUCAGGGUGGUGGGGCUGUGGGAUGGGGCAACCUGAUCGGGAGAGAAGACCCGUCUCCGGUCCGGCUUUUAGAGAAGCCAAUAAACAUUUGUUGCCCUUC